CCAGGCUGGUGGGCACCCAGCAGUGGACCAUCAUGGACACCCACAGCAACAAAACCAGCUACAAACUGGCCGUAUUGAAGCCAGACACCACCUACCAUGUCAAGGUGCUCACCCAGUGCCUCAGCAGGCUGCACAAGACCAACGAGGUGAUCACGGUCAGGACCCCCGAGGGCUUGCCCGACCCACCCAGGCACCUGCAGCUGUCUUGUGAUAACAGUGAGGACGGGACAGUGGACGUGUCCUGGAAAGCCCCCGACAAAGGACACGGCCUCAUCAGAGAGUACAUUGUUGAGUCCAGUGAGCGUGGAGAUCUUGAUUGGAUGUCCCAGAGAUGCACCAGCACCCACAGUGAGGUGAAGGAGCUGCAGGCAGACACUCUGUACAGCUUCAGGGUUGCAGCAGUGACCAGUCGAGGUGUUGGCAACUGGAGCGAAGUUAAGUCCAUCACCCCCAAGAAAGGUUGGUUGUUAUAUUUGUUUGAAUACUUUUCAUUUAUCGGCUUAUUUCAUUAA